CUUGAAUCUUCCUUAAUCUUCACAUGCUGCGACAGCUGCAUUUUAGAUGUUGCGUGUAAUAAUGAUGAAAACUUAGCUACGAAAAAAUCUAUUCACAGUUCAUCAAAGUUGAUUCUUACGUUAUUAAGAGUUCUGGAUUGUCAGUCCUGCUCGUCGGCUAAUCUAUCACCAUGGCAUUCGCACCGAGCGCUGCUCCGCCCUCCUCCAGUACCAUGGGGGUCAGUGCUCCAAGCGUGGCGCCUACCGCGGCAGAGAUAGAUCAGCAGACAAUUUUUUUGAUCAACGUUUUGUCGAAAAAGUGUACGAGUGAAGGCGCAGUAAAAGAGUGGACGGCUAAGAUGAAGAAUCGCAUCAAAGUGGACCCAAACGGUUUCAGCGCAGGAUCUUACAAGCGCAUUGAUAUAAGAGCUGUCAACCAAGCCGAAUUCCGUGUGCUUGAAAAAUUCAGACUUGCGAAACAAGCUCAAAGUCAACAACCUGGUGUGGGUCUUAAUCGAGUUGGAUUUCAACCUUCAUCUUCUACCAAAGGAGGUAGUAGUGCUGGUGGUCUAGCAUCAAGAGGACCAUUCGGAGCAGGCGCAAGUUCAUCGUUACAACAGCAGCAAGCAGGCGGCAGCUCUUCGUCUAGUCGUGGUGUAAAUGCGAGCACUUCAUCUGGUAAUAACAAUCUCUUUGCAGACUUCAUGAUGAAGCAGACGCAAAAACCCGCUGUCGCACCUUGGCAGGACCAAUAUGAAGACAACACUUCCUCAAGGAUCAGCAUAACGACAACAAGUGACGAUGGAAAACCGAAAAAGCGAAAAAUGGGUGGACCUGGUGGAGCGGGUUCCAAAACAAAGGGAACGGCCAAUGGAGGUACUGGUGGCAGGGCACCGAGAGCUGGCAAAGAGCAACAGAAAUGGGACCAAGUUCUUAUGCAAGUGGAACGGCACGAGAACAUGUACAAAAGUGUGAAUGCGCCACCUCUCGUCGCAGUAGAAUCAUUGCCGACUCGUGCAAGCUACCGCACAGACCCCUGGCCACCUGGUAGAAGUUCUACCUUUUUACGCCUUUUUUUAUGUGAGUAUUAUAUCGAUGUUGCUAGAUGCUAGUGCUUCUGCUAGUACUCGUAGUAGUAGCUUUCAUCCUCGUCUGAGAAGAAGGACGAUAAGGAAAACUACGAAGAAGAUCAUCGCCUAGUAUUCUCAUCAUUUUUACUAAAUCCUGAUCACUCUAUUAUAAGAAGAAUCUUUUUUACACAACGACGGACCGUUUAGAAGAAAUGCAUCUCAGGUUUCCAAUUUCUCGAGUUGACGGCAGCUGAACGGCGGUUUUUGUGGGAGAAGUAUCACGAGUUCGGUAGGGAGAUAGAGGAGAUUGAGACUGAGAUGCAGGAGCUCAACGACCGCAUAGGAUCCUUCAGCCGACAGUGCGCUGGCCGCGACGAACUGGAAUCCUUUAAAAAGUCCUUGGAGAAGGACAGAGCGAAAUUAACGAACAACUGGGGACAAGGUAUGCGUAUGAGUUCUGAAUUCAUGACAUGGAAGAUCAGUGGACUACAGCUAAGAUUCAUCACUUUGGAAGUGGACAACUACAGCUUCUAGACGAGGAUUAACUAGAGGAUUAACUCUGGACGACUAGAGCUGGCCUCCUUUUUAAUGAUCGGCUCCCACGGCUCCCAUCCACCUUCCUAUGAUUCUAGUACAAUCAGUCCAGUAUUGAUCAUGAUUCUUGCAGGAAACAAUAACAAAUUUUAAUACAGCAUGAUACUUCGUUCCCACUUACACCAACAUAGUGAUCACCAAUUCCGGCAUUGGGCGAGCGGCUACCGUAAAAUCUGACGACGGAGAGCGAGUAGUCACACCGAUGCAAUUACUCGGGUGUCGAGUGUGGCAAGCGCUCGUUCAAAUCGGAGAGAGACGUUACCUUGGCCCCCCCAGAGUGUUUAUCGAAGAGGCAAGGAACGACUAUCCUGUUCUGAAAGAGAUGAUAGAUUUAAGGCUACAAUAGAUCCAUCUUGCGCAGCGUCUUGGUCCCGUUUUGAAAGGGAAAGCGGACACGAAGAUGCUCCUGAAGAUGGAUUUAUGCUAGGUCUAACAGACGCAGACGAGUCUAAAUACAAGACUUAUCUCGAAGAAAGACGGCAACACUACGACCCAGAUCAGUAUGAGAUUCUGUUGGCGAACUCAGCAGAACUAAAUUCCGUUACAGCAGCAGCGAGACAACGAGUUAAACCAGGAGGAGGGGUAUAAUUGAAACAAUAAAUUGAAAUUCAUAAUUUGAGUCACAUCUAUUUAUCCGCUUGUGUUCACUCCGUAAUCUCAUAAUAUUUUCCUUUAGGCACAUCUUCGUCGACUGACCAUGCCUUUAGCCUACGUACACGACUGGCAAGCGAUAAUUUAUUAUAAUAUAUAACAAAAAUGACUAUUUAUUACACCAGCAGAAUCCCAAUCCUUCGCCUACUGCUUCCGACGACGCUUCUGACGACGAACCAUUGUUGGGUAAAGCUACUGCAAUGAAGGCCUCGACUGGUGGGGCAAAAGUAUCGAGCUUGAUGGGGAAGCGAGGAGCAGCAAAAAACAUAGUGGGAAAGGCAAAGGCUGCUGGGACAAAAAAGAUGGGGAUGAAAAUGAUGAAGAAAGGAGGCAAGAAAUGAAGAUCAUAAUCUUAAGAAUGAAAAUCACAUUUUUUUAGUACUCCAUGCACGAAGAUCAACGAUCAUGGACAGCACUGGAGAACUUCCUCUACAUACACUACUCCAUGGACGUUCGUGAGCUUCUCGAGGACAAGAACGAAGGCAUGAAAACUUUUUUACCCAUAUAGUUGGUUCUUGACCGAUGACCUUUGCGUCUGCGACAUCCUCCUCUUCGAUUCAAUCACCUCAUGACGUCGACAUUGCCCUGUCCCUGAAAACAAAUCACCACAAAUUCAAUCCCCCUAUUUCAUUUUGCAUCCUGAAUCAUCAUUGUGAUUGUGGUUCGUCUUUUAUUUUUUUAUUCCAACAACCCUAAACCUAAUGCAUUUCCACGACUCCAUCGUCCACCACAUUCUGAUGUUCCUUCUCGUAAUAUAACCAAACACAAUUUGAAAUGAUGAGAUUGAAUUCAUCUUCGUCGCUGCGAUCAAGAAU